GGGAGAUCAAUUUCAAAUAUAUGUAGUAUGUAUGUAAUUUCGUACAACUAUCGAUAUCUUAUAUCGAUCUUCUUCUUUGAAACGAACAGCUGCGCAUCGUAGUUAACUGCAUACAUGCAUGUGUGUAUGUACAUAAAAUAAAGCAAGAAGCCUCGAUUGGAUGUAAUUCAGAGUGAAAUACCUGUUAGUGUGCAGAUAAAUGCAACGAUCGUUAAAUUAAAAUUAACUAUAAGUGCGAGUUAUCACAUUUAACAACGAAUAAAGUGAAAUUAAUCAAACAUUCAUACAAAAUAACCACUUGCGAGUUUUUUCCAAAGAUUGAGUUCAAACUGUGUAAUGUAAGAUACAUACACACCUAUGUACAUACAUCUGUGUGCAUGCAUAUGUAAAUACAUGCGUACAUACGACUAAACUAGUCUUUGAGGUGGUUUAAACAUAAUAAAUGUAUAGCAAUAAUACACAAAAAUAACUAUACAAAUUCUGUGGGUGUUUUUCAAUAGCUUGCUGGUUGAUUUUUUCUGUGAAUUGUGCAAGAAAACCACAUGUUAACUGAACAAACUGCAUGUGUACAUAUUAUGUAGGAUAUUAUGUGAAAUAAAAAUAGUCAAAGAUUACUAUGAAGAUUAAAAAAGAUGUGACGCCUGUAAAAAGAAAAGCCUUUACUAUAUUUCAUUGGGUUUUACUUUUGUGUGGUCUAUGGAUAAUAAUCCCAGCUGUACAAAGUAAAAAUGACGACUAUAAUCCGCCGAGCCAAUCGGAGAUUAGAUAUCGGUUUAGCCACAAUGUUUACAAUGUUACGAUACCAGAAAACAGCCUUGGCAAGACCUAUGCCAAGGGACAAUUACAUGAGAAGCUGGCUGGCCUGAACGUCGGCCUGAACACGGAUGUUAAAUAUAGGAUAAUAAGUGGCGAUAAGGAAAAGCUAUUCAAGGUUGAGGAGAAACUGGUUGGAAACUUUGCCUUCUUGGCCAUUCGAACGCGCACAAAUAAUGUUGUGCUCAACAGAGAGAAAACCGACGAAUACUUGGUCAAAGUCAAAGCACACAUAACAUUGAACGACACCAACACAUUCAGCUAUGAAACGGAAACCAGCAUUCACAUUAAAGUACUCGACCGAAAUGACUUGAGUCCGCUGUUCUAUCCCACAGAAUACAAUGUGGUUGUUCCCGAAGAUACGCCAAAGUAUCAAAGUAUCCUUAAAGUCAGUGCCGACGAUGCUGAUCUCGGGGUCAAUGGGGAAAUCUACUACAGUCUCUUGAUUGAUAGUGAAUACUUUGCCAUACACCCAACUACCGGGGAUAUUACAGUACUGCAGCAGCUCCACUAUGCGGAAAACUCACACUUUGAGCUCACUGUCUUGGCCCAUGAUCGGGGAUCUUUGAUAAGUCAUCAGCACCAUCAAGCAAGUAAAGCCAGAGUUACCAUUUCAGUGAAACAGGUAAACUUUUAUGCACCGGAAAUUUAUGCCAAAACCUUUUCAAGUGUGACACCCACUUCGAAUCCAUUAAUUUAUGGAAUCGUUAGAGUAAACGAUAAGGAUAUUGGAGUGAAUGGUAACAUUGGGCGCUUGGAGAUACUCGAUGGAAAUCCGGAUGGCACGUUUAUUCUACGAUCUGCAGAGGCCAAAGACGAAUACUAUAUAGAGUUCAAUCAAUUCGCACACCUGAAGGAACAAGAUUUCAUUUACAAUCUAACACUUAGAGCAGAGGAUUUGGGUACACCGCGCAGAUUUUCCUACAAAUCCGUUCCUAUACUAAUUAAACCAGAACGCAAGAAUAUGCCCAUAUUCACACAAGAAGUGUACGAGGUGUCGAUUCCCGAAACGGCGCCCAUCAACAUGCCUGUGAUUAGGCUGAAAGUGAGUGAUCCAGAGCUGGGGAAAAAUUCUUUGGUUUAUUUGGAAAUCGUUGGCGGCAAUGAAGGCGAAGAGUUUCGCAUUAAUCCCGAUUCCGGAAUGCUGUACACGGCCAAGCAGUUGGAUGCAGAGAAGAAGACCUUUUACACACUGACAGUUUCGGCCAUUGAUCAGGCGAAUAUUGGCUCGAGGACACAAUCGUCUGCUAAGGUGAAAAUCAACGUACAGGAUAUGAAUGACAACGAUCCGAUCUUUGAAGAUAUGAACAGAAUUAUCAGCAUUAAUGAGAACAAUCUAGCUGGCUCGUUGGUGGCCAAACUCACAGCCAAGGACAAGGAUUCGGGUGAAAAUUCGUACAUUUCGUAUAGCAUAGCUAACCUAAAUACCGUGCCAUUUGAGAUCGAUCACUUUAGCGGUGUGGUGCGGACAACAUCUCUGAUUGAUUUCGAGACGAUGAAGAGAAACUACGAACUGAUUAUACGUGCCUCUGACUGGGGACUACCCUAUAGAAGACAGACUGAAAUCAAACUAUCCAUUGUGGUGAAGGAUAUCAAUGAUAAUAGACCACAAUUCGAGCGUGUCAAUUGCUUUGGUAAAGUCUCGAAAUCAGCCCCAAUUGGCACUGAAAUCUUUGUUGUUUCGGCCAUCGAUUUUGAUGCUGGCGACAUUAUAUCGUACCGUCUGACUGAUGGGAAUGAGGAUGGAUGUUUUAGCUUGGAUCCCACCAGCGGUACCCUGUCCAUUGUCUGUGAUUUAAUCAAAAUAUCUAUAAACAAUCGUCUGAUGAAACUAUCUGCCACAGACGGGACGCAUGUUUCCGAUGACUUGAUUAUCAAUAUACACAUAAUACCCGACGAACUGAACGAUGAUCCCAAUAUAUUGAACGGAUAUGGUUCGUUUGAGUGCCGGGAGACAGGAGUGGCCCGAAGGCUGGCGGAAACCUUGGCCUUGUCGGAGAAGAACAAUAUCCAAAGUGUCUCGCCGUCAGUGCUCAGCGAUAUAGCACUAACACCCAGUCGAUAUGGCCAAAAUAUACACAAACCGGAGUUUGUCAACUUCCCAUCGGAGCUGUCCAUCAACGAGAGUGUUCAACUGGGCGAAACAGUGGCCUGGAUCGAAGCUAAAGACCGGGACUUGGGCUAUAAUGGAAAGCUUGUGUUUGCCAUAUCAGAUGGAGAUUACGAUUCGGUAUUUCGUAUUGAUCCCGAUCGUGGCGAGCUUCAAAUCAUUGGAUAUUUGGACAGAGAGCGUCAGCAUGAAUACAAUCUGAAUAUAACCGUCUAUGAUCUGGGUAAUCCCACCAAAUCACAUUCCAAAAUGCUGCCAAUUGCAAUUAUUGAUGUCAACGAUAAUCGACCAGUCAUCCAGAAGGCAUUAGCUACGUUCCGACUCACGGAAAAUGCAAGAAUCGGCACCGUUGUGCAUUGCAUACAUGCCACCGAUGCGGAUGCGGGAAUAAAUGCGGAAAUAACUUACGAGUUGUCUAUUCAAUGCAAUGAUUUUAUUGUCAAUAAGACUACGGGAUGCAUUCUUCUCAAUACACCCUUGGAUCGCGAGAAACAGGAUAAUUAUGCACUACACAUAACUGCCAAGGAUGGUGGGAAUCCAGUGCUAUCAUCAGAGGCUCUUGUCUAUAUCGUAGUGGAUGACGUUAACGACAAUGCCCCAAUGUUUGGAGUUCAGGAAUAUCUAUUCAAAGUGCGGGAGGACCUGCCCCGCGGCACUGUCGUGGCCGUCAUCGAAGCCAUUGACAAGGACAUUGGACCCAAUGCGGAAAUUCUCUUCUCCCUGAAAGAGGAUACGAUGGAUGAGAAAUUGUUUAAAAUCGACAAACAUACUGGGGCAAUACGAACGCAAGGAUAUUUGGACUAUGAGAACCGACAGGUGCACCACCUCACUGUGAGCGCCAUCGAUGGUGGCUUCCCCUCUCUGACUUCGGAUAUGCCAAUAAUUAUUGAAAUUAUUGAUGUCAAUGAGAAUCGAUUUGCUCCCGAAUUCGAUGACUUCGUGUAUGAGGGAAAAAUCAGGGAAAACAGCCCAAAGGGCACUUUCGUAUUGAAUAUAACAGCCCGGGAUGUGGACACGAUUGAUCUGAACUCCAAAAUAACGUAUUCCAUCACAGGAGGGGAUGGACUUGGGAUUUUUACAGUCAACGAUCAAGGUUCAAUUAGCUCCUUAUCCCAGCUCGAUGCAGAAACGAAAAACUUUUACUGGCUAACACUUUGCGCACAGGACAGCGCCAUAGUUCCCUUAAGCAAUUGUGUUGAGGUUUACAUCGAAGUGGAGAACGAAAACGAUAACAUUCCGCUGACGGACAAGCCAGUGUACUAUGUUAAUAUCACAGAGGGUAGUGCAGAAAAUCAUGAUAUAAUCAAACUGACUGCAGUGGAUCCCGACAGAGACCCAACUCAAUUUAUAACCUAUAACAUUGUGUCUGGGAAUCUAGUGGGAUACUUUAAAAUAGAUUCAAUAACAGGUGCUAUUAAAACAACUGAACGAAAACUGGACCGGGAAAACCAAGCAGAACAUAUUUUGGAGGUGGCUAUAUCAGAUAAUGGAUCUCCAAUGUUGUCUUCCACCUCGCGAAUUGUGAUAUCAGUUUUAGAUAUAAACGAUAAUAGCCCCGAGUUUGACCAGCGGGUCUACAAAGUUCAAGUUCCAUCUACAGCUUCUGUCAACGAAUCAAUAUUCCAGGUUCAUGCUGUUGAUAGCGAUGAGGGGGAAAAUGGACGUGUAACAUAUACCAUCAAAUCGGGAAAGGGAAAGAACAAGUUUCGGAUUGAUAGCUCGAGGGGCCACAUAUUUAUAGCGAAACCCUUAGAGUCUGAUAUGGAGUUCGAGAUUCACAUUAAAGCCGAGGACAACGGGAUUCCUAAACGGAGUCAAACCGCACGAGUUAAUAUAGUCAUUAUCCCUGUUAAUCCCAAUUCGCAAAGUGCUCCGUUAGUGCUAAGAAAAUCGACUGAAAGUGUUGUUGAAUUGACCGAAACCGACAAGCCGGGAUUUUUGGUCACACAAAUUCUAGCGGUCGAUGAUGAUAACGACCAAUUGUGGUUUAACAUUUCCAGUGGAAAUGAAGCAAACACAUUUCAUAUUGGCCAGGACAACGGCAACAUAUUGUUGGCGAAAUAUUUGGACUACGAAACGGAAACGUUUUACAAUCUGAAUAUAAGUGUGACUGAUGGCACCUUUGUUACGUAUACCAGCAUUAUGAUUCAAGUAGCCGACACAAAUGACAACACGCCACAGUUUGCCAAGGAUGUAUAUCAUGUUAAUAUAUCCGAGAAUAUCGAAGAAGAAUCGGUUAUAAUGCAGCUGCACGCCACCGAUAGGGAUGAGCAAAAGAAACUGUUUUAUCACCUGCAUGCCACUCAGGAUCCGUCGUCGCUUGCCUUGUUUCGCAUUGAUUCCAUUAGUGGAAACGUUAUUGUUGCCCAGAGACUGGAUUUCGAGAAAACUGCCCAGCACAUACUCAUCGUGUUCGUUAAAGAUCAAGGAGCACCGGGAAAAAGAAACUAUGCCAAGAUAAUUGUCAAUGUUCACGAUCAUAAUGAUCAUCAUCCGGAAUUCACGGCGAAAAUAAUUCAAAGUAAAGUGCCCGAGAGUGCAGCGAUUGGCUCCAAACUGGCCGAAGUAAGGGCCAUAGACCGAGAUAGUGGCCACAAUGCGGAGAUUCAGUAUUCGAUUAUUACAGGGAACGUGGGGAGUGUGUUUGAAAUUGAUUCAACCUUUGGCAUCAUAACGUUGUCCGACAGCUUGAAUAUAAACAAGAUUCAAGAGUAUAUGCUCCAAGUGAAGGCUGUAGAUCUGGGCAAACCACCCUUAUCCUCACAGAUACCUGUCCAUAUCAUCGUUACAAUGUCUGAGAAUGAUCCGCCAAAAUUCUCGGCCAACAAUUUGGCAAUAGAAAUCUUCGAAAAUUUGAGUAUUGGUUCGUUUAUCUCUCAGGUCACAGCUCGCUCAUCGUCUUCCAUUUUCUUUAAUAUAAUUUCUGGCAAUAUUAACGAAAGCUUUCGUAUCAAUCCAUCAACGGGAGUUGUUGUUAUUAACAACAAUAUCGACUAUGAAAUAAACAAGGUUUUCAACCUUACGAUUAAAGGAACCAACAUGGCAGCCGAAUCAGCAUGCCAAAAUAUAAUAGUACAUAUCCUAGAUGCUAACGACAAUGUUCCUCACUUCCUUCAAACUGAAUAUGUUGGAGUUCUGUCUGAAUCCGCUGAAAUUGGAUCAUACGUCUUAAAGUUACACGAUUCUGCCAACCAUCAUUUAACGUUGCAAGUUGCAGAUGCUGAUGUUGGUAUCAAUGGAAUGUUUGAAUACCAUAUAAAUGAUGACUUUGCCAAACAGUUUUUUAAAAUUGAUCCAACAACCGGCGCUAUCGAACUUUUACGACCUUUGGACUACGAAACGGAUUCGGAAUAUUUGUUCGACGUCACGGUCAGUGAUAUGGGCAAACCCAAACUGCAUUCCAAUACUAAAGCACAUGUGAAAAUACAAGUGAUCAACGUGAACGAUUGCCCACCCGUGUUUAAUGAAAGAGAACUCAACGUAACACUAUUCCUGCCAACAUUUGAGACCGUUUUCGUUACUCAAAUCAAAGCCUACGAUGCGGACAACGAUAGCUUACGUUUUGACAUUGUGGAUGGCAACACCGACGAAUGCUUUCAAAUAGAUAAAUACACGGGCAUUGUAACCACAAGAAAUUUCGAAAUAUUAAAUAAUGGCCCUUAUCAGGAAUAUAAUUUGCACGUGCGGGCCUCCGAUGGCAUAUACUCGGCAAUUUUAAUCAUCAAAAUUAACGUCGUGUCCACAGUCGAUCCAAACUUUUUGUUUAAAAGGGAUAGCUAUAGGUUUUCAGCUUUUGAAAAUAACACAAAGGUGGCCACCAUCGGAUUGGUGAAUGUCGUUGGGAAUACAUUGAAUGAGAAUGUUGAAUACCGCAUAUUGAAUCCAACGAAAAUGUUCGAUAUUGGAAUAAGUUCUGGUGCCUUGAAGACAACUGGAGUGAUUUUUGAUCGUGAAGUGCUCGAUAUGUACAAACUGUUUGUGGAGGCAAAGUCUAUAUUGUUUGACGGACUCAAUUCGAAUGUGCGCAGAGCAGUUACUUCGGUUUAUAUUUCCGUUUUGGAUGUAAACGAUAAUUGUCCUUUGUUCGUCAAUAUGCCCUACUAUGCCACUGUCUCAAUAGACGAUCCCAAAGGCACCAUUAUCAUGAAAAUAAAAGCCGUUGAUCUAGACAGUGCCGAGAACGGGGAAGUUCGAUAUGAACUAAAGAAGGGAAAUGGCGAACUGUUCAAAUUAGAUCGCAAAAGUGGAGAUUUGUCUUUAAAACAACAUGUGGAAGGUCAUAAUCGAAAUUACGAGUUGACUGUGGCAGCGUAUGAUGGGGCCAUAACUCCAUGUUCUUCGGAGGCCCCGAUUCAAGUGAAGGUGAUAGACCGAUCGAUGCCAAUUUUUGAGAAACAGUUUUACACAGUGAGUGUCAAGGAAGACGUGGAAAUGUAUUCAGUUUUGUUUGUGUCAAUUGAGGCCGAGAGUCCCUUGGGCAGAAAACUCAUUUACACCAUAUCGUCGGAGAGUCAAUCGUUUGAAAUUGAUUACAACACAGGAUCAAUUUUUGUAGUCAAUGAACUUGAUUACGAAAAACAAAAUAGCCACGACGUCACAAUUCGAGCGACUGAUAGUCUUUCUGGCAUCUAUGCUGAGGUAGUCUUGUCCGUGGCAAUUAUUGAUGUAAAUGAUUGCUAUCCAGAGAUUGAAAGUGAUAUCUACAACAUCACCAUACCAGAGAACACAUCAUUUGGCACACAAAUUAUUCAAAUAAACGCCACUGAUGCAGACUCGGGAGCAAAUGCGAAGCUUUCGUAUUUCAUCGAGUCUAUUAAUGGCCAAAACAAUUCCGAACUAUUCUAUAUUGACAUCGAAGAUGGGCAUUUAUAUUUGAAAACUCCAUUGGACUAUGAACUCAUAAAAUACCAUCACAUUAUUGUGAGUGUAAGAGAUCACGGCUCGCCUCCAUUAAGUUCGAGAUCAAAUAUAUUUAUUACAGUAAAAGAUUUGAAUGACAAUCCUCCCAGCUUUGUGGAACCGUCGUACUUCAUCAAACUAUCGGUGGCAGCAGUUCGCGGACAGUUUGUAGCCUUGCCAAGAGCAUACGAUAAGGAUAUUUGCGAUACUGAUUUGCUGGAAUACAAAAUUGUCAAUGGAAAUGAACUGCAAACAUAUGAUAUUGAUAGACGAUCUGGAGUUAUAUCCCUGCAGAAUAUGUUAAAUUUCACUGACAAAAGUAAUACAGUUUUGAAUAUAUCCGUUUCGGAUGGGGUGCACACGGUGUACGCACGUUUAAAAAUUGCAUUACUUCCCGAAAAUAUGCACAGUCCACAGUUCGAACAAAGCAUCUAUGAGACGCAAAUUCCCGAAAAUUUGUUGCAUGGCCACAAUAUUAUAACGGUAAAAGCGACCGAUAAGGAUUUUGGACCCUAUUCGAAUCUGUAUUAUGAAAUUGAUUCGGAGGAAAUGAAAAAGUUCUUUAUUAUGGACCGCAACACGGGAAUAAUAACGUCCAAAGUAACGUUUGAUCGUGAAAAGAGAGAUGAGUACGUCGUACUUUUAAAAGUAUCUGAUGGCGGCGGAAAAUACGGAUUUGCAUCACUCAAGGUCUUGAUUCAUGAUGCCAACGACAAUGCUCCCUACUUUCCAUUAAAAGAAUAUAAAAUGGUUAUCAGCUCAUCAUCGAAACUCAACAAAACAAUUCUAACUGUGAGAGCAAAGGACAACGACAUUUCCGAAAAUGGUGCAAUCAGUUAUCGAAUUGUGCAGAAUUCCAUCGAUAAAAAACUAAAGGAUACCCUGGAAAUUAACGAGAAAAAUGGAAACAUCAAACUCAAUCCCAAUGCAGGUUUCUAUGAAACAGGGCUUUAUCAAUUUUUUGUCCGCGCCCACGAUGGUGGAGAUCCUCAAUUUCAUACAGAUGUGCCAGUGUCUGUCGAGAUCAUUGACACAGAUGUGACAAUUCCCACAUUUGAGAAAGCCUCCGUUCUUCUCAAAAUAAUUGAAUCAACGCCGCCAGGAACGGUGAUCACAAAAUUGCACAUAUUGGGAAAUUUCACAUUUAAGUUUACAAUUUUAGACGAACAAGGCCAUUUCAUAAUAUCCGAUAGCGGAGAGCUUAUCCUCCAGCAAACCUUGGACAGAGAGCAGCAAGAGUCGCAUCACUUGAUUUUGGUGGCCGAAACAGCCACCGUACCGGUUCUUUUCGCCUAUGCCAGCAUUGUGAUACAUGUGAGGGAUGAGAAUGAUAACUAUCCAAAGUUUGACAACACAUUCUACAGCGUAAGUGUGCCGGAGAAUAGUGAUAGGGUUAUUUCGUUGGUAAAAAUUACGGCGACUGACGCGGAUACUGGGCCAAACGGAGACAUACGAUACUAUCUGGAGAAUGAUUUGGAUAGCAUACAAAACAUUUUCGACAUCGACAUUUACACUGGCUGGAUCACGCUCUUGACAUCACUGGAUAGAGAAGUGCAGUCCGAAUUUAAUUUCAAAGUAAUUGCCUCAGACAACGGCCAUCCAAAGCACGAUGCAAAAGUUCCGGUAACAAUCAAAAUAGUCGACUAUAACGACAAUGCACCGACAUUCAAACUGCCAAUCGAUCAAAUUUCUGUCUAUGAAAAUGCCUUGCCUGGGACAGUGUUAAUCAAUCUGCUUUUGCUGGACCCCGAUAUUGAGAAGCAAGAUAUGGACUUUUUUAUCAUUUCUGGAGAUAAACAAUCUCAAUUCCAGAUUGGUAAAACCGGAGAGCUAUUCAUUGCGAAGUCUUUGGACCGAGAACAAAUUGCAUUUUAUAAUCUAAGUCUGAUAGCGACUGAUGGAAAAUUCACUGCCAAAGCCCACGUGGAAAUAGAUGUAAAAGACGUAAAUGAUAAUACACCGUACUGCCUGAAGCCUCGCUACCACAUCGUUACCAAUGAAUCGGCUCCCAUUGGCACCACUCUGGCUGAAAUCAAAGCAAUUGAUUAUGACCUGCAGAGCAAUUUUAAAUUGCGCUUCUACUUGUCCGGCGAAGGGGCAGAUGACUUUACGAUUGGGAAGGAGAGUGGUGUCCUGAAGGUGGCCGCCCAACUGGAUCGAGAAACUCUUCCAAAGUACAAAUUGGUCGCACACGUUCAAGAUGGCAAAGACUUGACAACAGAGUGUUUUUCUGAAAUAAUUAUAAUAGUCAAUGAUGUCAAUGACAACACACCCAUAUUUUCGAUGGCCCAGUACUCGGUGAGCAUUUCGGAGGAUGCCCAGCUCCAGACUCUGAUCACAAAGGUGCAUGCCAUGGACAAGGACUUUGGAAUAAACAGACAAAUUAAAUAUUCGUUGAUGGGCGAGAACAGUGAUUAUUUUAAAAUAUCCAAGUCAACAGGCAUAAUAAGGUUGGCCAAAAGCCUGGAUCGUGAAACUAUUUCCUUGUUUAAUUUAUCUGUCAAAGCCGAAGAUUGCGGAAUACCAAAACUAUAUUCCAUUGCGAGUGUGGUUGUGAGUAUACUGGAUAUAAAUGACAAUCCGCCAGAGUUUAGCCUGCGACAAUAUUCGUGCAAAGUGUUUGAAAAUGCAACCCAUGGGCUGGAAGUGUGUCAGGUGCAUGCCACAUCCAAGGACAUCGGUGUGAAUGCGGACAUACACUACUAUAUAAUGAGUGGCAACGAACAGAUCAAAUUUAAAAUCGAUGCAGCGACGGGCGUGCUCUCGCUCAAUGCCACAUUGGACUAUGAGAUGUCAAAGUUUUACUUUCUCACCAUUCAGGCCAUCGAUGGUGGCACUCCGCCUCUGAGCAACACAGCCUUUGUGAAUAUAUCGAUUUUGGACAUUAACGACAACAGCCCAAAGUUUCUGCAGAACGUGUAUCGCAUCCAUGCCUACGAGGACACUUUGGUGGGAACUCCAAUCCUAGAUGUUAAGGCCACAGACGAAGACUCGAACGUAAAUGGACUGAUAAACUAUAAUAUCGAAAAGGGCGACCACAUAGGCCAGUUCGCAAUACAUAAACGGAAUGGCACAUUAAGCGUGUCCCGACCACUAGAUCGAGAAACUAUUGCAAACUAUAAUUUGGAGAUUCAAGCCUGCGACCAAGGAAUUCCACAGCGCUGCAGCAGUGUGCAGGUCAAUGUAAUCAUACUCGACACAAAUGACAAUGCACCCCUGUUCGCCAGUGCGAACUACAGCGUUAUGCUGCAAGAGAACCGACCCUUGGGAUAUAUAUUUCUAUCAUUCAAAAUAUCUGACGCCGAUGAGCCACCCAAUAGUACACCAUACACAUUUGACAUACGUUCUGGCAACGAGGGCGGUCUCUUUCGACUGGAGCAGGAUGGUUCACUGAGCACUGCCUCACGAUUCAACCAUAAUUUGCAAGAUGAAUUCCGCAUACAAGUACGUGUAUUUGAUAAUGGUACACCUCCACUAUAUUCUGAUACUUGGGUGUUGGUAAAAAUAAUCCAGGAAAGCCAAUACCCGCCCAUUGUGACACCUUUGGAGGUUACCAUCAAUUCAUUUGAAGAUGAUUUCUCUGGUGCAUUCAUUGGUCGAGUUCAUGCCUCCGAUCAGGAUAAGUACGAUGAGUUAAAUUAUAAUAUAGUGCCUGCCAUUGAAGACAUGUACAAGAGCUCCAAGUUAUUUAAUAUUUCAAACAAAUCGGGGGAAAUAUAUGCUUUAUCUAACCUCGAUAUUGGACUGUACAAGCUGAACGUGUCCGUUUCGGAUGGUAAAUUCAACGUUUUUGCUGUUGUGAAGAUCUAUGUCGAACUUGUAACUAAUGAUAUGAUAAAACAAUCCGUGGUAAUACGUUUCAGUAAAAUAUCAGCAUCGGAUUUCUUGUUGAGUCACAGAAAGACUUUUAUGCGCUCCAUUCGAAAUAUAAUGCGCUGUCGCCAGAAAGAUGUCAUUCUGAUAACCCUACAAACAGAAAAAUUGAAUCGUGCCAGCGCACGACAUGCUCGAUCCACAGAUUCUAAUUUAAAUGUUGUUAUUUCGGUACGCAAGGAGCAAAUUGUACCUGAUUCUGAUGAAUUCUUUACCAGUGAUGAGAUUCGCCAGUCGCUGGUUGUCAAAAAGAAAGAGAUUGAAAAUGAGACAAACCUGGUGGUCGAGGAGGUACUGCCAUCCACCUGUCUGAACAACCAGAACACCUGUGUCCAUGGUGAUUGUAAACAGAUUUUGAACAUUCUGAAGAACAACAUUACCACCACAUAUACAGAUGUUAUAAGCUUUGCUGCGCCAUCCUUUAGUCAGGUGAAUAAAUGCGUUUGUAGGCCCGGCUUUGACGGAAAGAAUUGCAAUGAAACGGUGAAUGCAUGUUCCUCAGACCCGUGCUCGCCACAAAGAAUAUGCCUACCAUCUGGACCCAUCGUUGGGUAUCAAUGUGUUUGCCCCAAGGGAUUUUCGGGCACAUAUUGCGAAAGAAAGUCCUCAAAGUGUGACAAUGAAACUUGUGAUGUGAGUUCAUUCACGGCCGUUUCGUUUGGAGGCAAGAGCUAUGCCCACUAUAAAAUAAAUAAAAUUAAGGCUAAAUUCACUUUGGAAAACGAAUUCUCAUUCUCACUACAAAUCAGAACAUUGCAACAAAGUGGCACCCUGCUGUACGCCAGCGGCAAAGUGGAUUACAAUAUCUUGGAAAUUAUAAAUGGCGCCGUUCAAUAUCGGUUCGAUUUGGGUUCCGGCGAGGGAGUAAUUAGCGUAACGAGCAUUUACAUAUCCGAUGGAGAGUGGCAUGUCAUCAGUCUGGAACGAACACUCAGCAGUGCUAAGCUCGUGAUAGACAACAAACAUGUCUCGCAGGGCAGCGCUCCGGGCGUAAAUGGUAUACUGAACAUUCAGUCCAAUGAUAUUUUUGUCGGCGCUGAGGUUCGGCCACAUCCAUCAAUUAUCGGCUAUGAGGAUAUUCAGCGAGGAUUCAUUGGUUGUAUGGCCAACAUUAAAAUAGCCAUGGAGUCUCUGCCACUGUACAUUUCCGGUGGAAGCACUGUGGCUGCAUUAAAAAGAUUCACAAAUGUAGAGUUCAAGUGCGAUCCAUCGAAUGUGCUCGUAAAUCUGGGCAUUUGUGGAGCUCAGCCAUGUUUGAACAGUGGAAUUUGCAAAGAUUUCGGAAGCGAGCAAUUUGAAUGUGCGUGCCAAUCGCGAUUUACCGGCACACAUUGUGAGAUCGAUUUGGAUCCUUGCUCUUCUGGUCCCUGCUUAUUCGGCGGACGCUGCGAAUAUCAUGGACCCAAUAACUACUCCUGCGCAUGUCCCAUACACCUGUCUGGGAAGAGAUGUGAAUAUGGCAAGUUUUGCACGCCAAACCCUUGCAUGAAUGGUGGGAUUUGCGAGGAAGGUGAUGGAGUGCCGCACUGCAUGUGCCGAGGCUAUACAGGACCAAGCUGUGAAAUCGAUGUCGAUGAAUGUGAGAAUCAGCCUUGCGGAAACGGAGCCACUUGUAUCAAUGAGGCGGGAAGUUUUCGGUGCAUAUGUCCUUCGUACCUGACUGGAGCCAGCUGUGGGGAUCCGCUCUAUUCCAAUUCGAUUUCCACCAAACUGAAAAACUUUUCCCUCGAACACAUCAGCGGCAUUAUAUCUGGCGCCACCAUUGUAUUAGUAGUUAUAAGUAUUGCCAUAUGUUGUGUGGUACUGAGGAGGAGUUCGUCUUCGAAGAAAAGACGCAAUGCCGAAAAGGCCAAAAACAAACAAUCGUAUAAGGAAGCAAAUUUGAACUCGAUGGUAGAUAAGGAUAAUUUUUGCAAAGCAAACAUAAAAUUAAGUAAUCUAGAGGUAAACCAACGCCCAAUCAGCUAUACGUCGGCUGCGAACGAUAACCUCUUCCUAAGUAAUACAACAUUCGUUAAUAAUCUGGAUAUAUUGCGGAGUUACGGCUCGGCCGGUGAUGAACUUGAAAGCAUACCAUUUGAAUAUCAAAAAGUAAACAGAAAUAAGCAGCACGUUAACAUCAACAACUCUUGUCACGGCCCCGAUGUAGAUAGUAUUGCCUACAAGCAGGAAUGGUGCGAACAAAUGCAUUUAAGAACAUUCAGUGAGAAUAAGUUAAACAAUGAACUAAAAAGAGAUUAUGGAUCACCGGGUAGUCGAUUUUCAAGUAGCAAACUAAUCCAAGUUGAAAUGCCUAACGUGUGCCAUUCUUCAAGUGCAAAUUUCGUUGACUAUUCUGCUCUCGCAAACGGUCAAUACCAUUGGGACUGUUCCGACUGGGUUCGCAAAAGUCAUAAUCCCUUGCCAGACAUAACUGAAGUUCCAGGAGCAGAAAUAGCUGACUCUUCAAGUGUACACAGUAAUGACAGUAACGAGUCUAAGUCCAAAAAGACAUUUUUCGUCCAUAGAGAAGAUGGAGGUGUUGAUCCAAGCAGAGAUAUUGCUGCCUUAAACGAGGACAUCGGAUCUGAAUAUAUGGAUUCUGAGGCGGAAAGUUGCAUUCAAACGUUUAUGUUGCCGAGAUUAACUAAUCUGCCCCUUUCGAGACUGAGUUCUUUUAACAAUAUCGAGAUUGAAGACUACAAAUUAAAUACAGGCGAAGCAUAUUUAAGACAUCCUGAUUCAUAUUUACCCCCCAUGCAUUUUCCAAGCGAAACGGAUGGGGAAAGCUCUGUGACCGACGGGCUUAUUUCAAGAAAGGAAAUAAAAAGAAAGGAUACCAAAAGAACGAUGAGUGAAAACUCUGAGGAGGUAUUCCUUUUUCCAUGCGCUGUCGGUGAAAUUGGAUCCAAUAGCAAUAUUUCUGUUCGACUCUGUGAAAUUGAAGAUUCAGAGCUAGAAGAAUUUUUACCGACACAACAAACAAAAAUAUAAUUUACAUUCUAUGAAUAAAUAUAAGAAGAACUACAUUUUAUAAAAAUUAAAUAAUUUCUUUAGAUACUACUUUUUCUAUAAGAAAACUUUGGUUAUAUAUUUUCAAUAAAAAAUGAAU